CCAUUGUCAGUUCAUCCACUGUCAUUUUCCACUCAAUUGAGCACGAAACGUCACAUAGCUUGCUGACGAAGUGAUCAGAAACCUGACACAAAAGAGAGAGUUAAAACACAAAUCAUUAUUUUAAACAAAAUCAUGUUAACCCCACUAAAAUUUCCCUGCUUAAUUCCCUUUCUCCCGUUUUAAAUUCUUGACACAAUUAAGAAAAUUUCAAAAUAUUUUGAACUCUUUUGAGUUUCAGCAAUGGCGAAUUCCACAACCUUGAUCAGCAUUUUAAUGGGUAUUUUCCUGCUAUUUUUUGGAGCAAAAUCGGAUUAUAUAGCAUAUAAUAAUUCGGCAAAAAUCGUUCUGGGUAAACUUAAUGUCCAUUUGGUUCCUCAUACACAUGAUGAUGUUGGGUGGUUGAAGACUGUUGAUCAGUACUAUAGUGGUGCCAACAAUUCCAUCCGGGGAGCCUGUGUGCAAAACGUGCUGGAUUCAGUGAUUUCGGCUUUGCUGGAAGAUGAGAACCGGAAGUUCAUCUAUGUUGAAAUGGCAUUCUUUCAGCGAUGGUGGAGACAGCAGAGUCCAAAACUCAAGGAGAAGGUCAAAGAGUUGGUCAAUUCGGGUCAACUAGAAUUUAUAAAUGGGGGGAUGUGCAUGCAUGAUGAAGCAACUACUCAUUACAUUGACCUCAUUGAUCAAACAACUUUGGGGCAUCAGUUUAUCAAGAAUGAAUUUGGUCAGAUGCCGCGAGUCGGCUGGCAGAUUGAUCCAUUUGGACAUUCUGCUGUUCAGGCGUACUUGCUUGGUGCAGAGGUAGGAUUUGAUUCACUGUACUUUGCUCGAAUUGAUUACCAAGAUAGAGCAAAAAGAAAAGAUGAGAAAACUCUUGAGGUGGUGUGGCGUGGUUCUAGGUCGCUUGGUUCUACCGCACAGAUAUUCACUGGUAUAUUCCCCACACAUUAUAACCCGCCUGAUGGAUUUCAGUUUGAAGUAAACGACGUGUCUCCUCCUAUUCAGGAUGAUCCGCUUCUAUUUGACUAUAACGUCCAAGAGCGAGUAAAUGACUUUGUUGAUGCAGCCAUGUCACAGGCUAAUGUUACCAGAACAAAGCAUGUCAUGUGGACCAUGGGUGAAGAUUUUCGAUAUCAGUAUGCCAAUUCCUGGUUCAGACAGAUGGACAAGUUUAUCCAUUAUGUUAAUUUGGAUGGGCGUGUCAAUGCUUUAUACUCAACGCCAUCAAUUUACACAAAUGCAAAAUAUGCAAUGAAUGAGUCGUGGCCUGUCAAAACUGAUGAUUAUUUCCCCUAUGCAGAUCGUGUUAAUGCAUACUGGACGGGUUACUUCACAAGUAGACCGGCAUUUAAAGGUUAUGUCAGAGUGACGAGCGGUUACUACUUAGCAGCUAGGCAGUUGGAAUUUCUAAAUGGUAGGAGUGGUUCACUCUUGAAAACAGAAAAAUUGGCUAAUGCUUUGGCAAUUGCUCAACAUCAUGAUGCAGUUACUGGUACAGAAAGACAACAUGUGGCUGCCGAUUAUACGAUGCGGUUGCACAUGGGAUAUGUAGAGGCUGAGAAAGUGAUUUCAUCUUCACUUAGUUCUAUGACCAAUACGCAUGGUAAAACAGAAACUAGCUAUGAACAGUGUCCUCUUCUUAACAUCAGCUAUUGCCCACCAUCAGAAACUCUUUUGUCCAAUGGGAAAAGUUUGGUAGUUGUUGUUUACAACCCUCUGGGAUGGAACAGAGAAGAAGUGAUACAAAUUCCAGUGAGUAUUGACGAGGUCAUAGUUCAGGAUUUUAAAGGAAGGGAAGUCGAAUCUCAGCUACUACCUGUGACUAAAUCCUCACUGAGUAUUAGAAAUGAUCAUUUGAAAGCAUAUCUAGGUAAACCCUCAGACACUGUCAUCAAGUACUGGCUUGCGUUUCAAGUAUCUGUGCCCCCCCUUGGUUUCAGCACCUAUGUCGUGUCUGGAGCACGAGCAGGUGCAAGGUCAGUAAUGUCAUCAGCAUUCACCGUGCAAGGAGAAGUAAAUAGCACUGUAGAAAUUGGAGAAGGAAAUUUGAAGUUGCUUUAUUCUGUAGAUGGAGGGAAACUUGCUCAGUAUAUUAAUAGAAGAAACUCAGUUAGUGCAGUUGUCGAACAGUCCUAUAGUUAUUACACUGGAUUCAGUGGAACUGAUGAGGAUCCUCAGGCAUCUGGUGCUUAUGUUUUCCGGUCAAAUGGCAGUUUCUCCAUUAAAAGUGAAGGAAAGGAUUCAUUGACUGUAAUGAAAGGCCCACUACUUGAUGAGGUUCAUCAACAUCCUACUUCAUGGAUACAUCAGAUAACUAGGGUAUACAAGGGAAAAGAACAUGCUGAAAUAGAGUUCACGAUUGGACCCAUACCCAUUGAUGAUGGAGCUGGGAAAGAAAUUGUCACCCAGAUCAAAACGACUAUGAAUACGAAUGGAACUUUCUACACUGAUUCUAAUGGUCGUGAUUUCAUAAAAAGGAUUCGUGAUCACAGAGCAGAUUGGGACCUUGAAGUCAGCCAAGCAAUUGCAGGAAACUAUUACCCGAUAAAUGUAGGAGUAUAUGUGGAAGAUGGCAAAAAGGAACUUUCCGUGCUUGUUGACCGUGCAAUUGGAGGUUCCAGCAUAAUGGACGGUCAGAUAGAGCUAAUGCUACAUCGGAGGCUGCUUCAUGAUGAUUCCAGAGGUGUCGGUGAGGUGCUCAAUGAAACAGUUUGUGCUUUUGAUGACUGUAAAGGCCUAGUGAUUAAAGGAAAAUAUUUUAUCAGAAUUGAUCCCAUUGGAGAGGGGGCAAAAUGGCGUCGAAGUGUUGGUCAGGAGAUUUACUCUCCACUCAUCUUGGCUUUUGCAGAACAGGAUGGGGAUGAUUGGAUGAGCUCACAUGUGCCAACUUUCUCAGGAUUUGCUUCUUCAUACAGUCUACCUGACAAUGUUGCUAUAAUCACUCUUCAGGAGCUUGACAAUGGGAAAGUACUUCUUCGGUUGGCCCAUCUUUAUGAGACUGGAGAAGACAAAGACUUAUCAGUGAUGACACAUGUAGAGCUCAAGAAACUCUUCCCAAACAAGAAUAUCAAUAAGGUAAUAGAGACGAGUCUAUCUGCUAAUCAAGAAAGAGCUGAGAUGGAGAAGAAGAAGUUAGUAUGGAAAGUAGAAGAUUCAUCAGAAGAAGAAACAAAGGUGAUGAGAGGAGGUCUUGUUGAUCCUGUGGAGUUGGUGGUGGAACUUGCACCAAUGGAAAUUCGGACCUUCUUAGUAGAUUUAGAAUACAUUAAAAAUUCGGUGUUUAAUAAUAGUACUUUGGGUAAAGUUAGGAACUAGUUUGGGUCUCUUUAGCCAUUAAGCCAUCCAUCCCACUAUCCGGGUGUUUAGAACUACUUUGUAUCUCUUAAUUCCGAAAUGCACCCUUUGAAGUUUGAGCCAUCCAUCCCAAUAUGGCAGUAUCUAAGUGCUUAUGUGCAAUGUCACCCUUGGAAAGUUUUGUGACAGGCUCCA